UUCUCUCACUUGGGCUAAGCACUCUGUUUUCUCUAUGCUUUUACUCUAAGCUCUCUCUUGGGCUUUUGGGUUUUUCUGUUGACGCACAUUUGUGCAUUACUAACAGUGAUCUUGCUUUCGUGCUCUGGUUUUUAUAUGAAGGCAUAUUUCUAUGAGUUUAUUGCUCUCUGUUAGUAGACUGAUUUUGCAUGAGUUUUGGAGAGAGAGAGGAGAAAGCAAUGAAAUGGAGAAUUGAAUUUACUCUGAUUGUCAGACAAAAACAUCAGUAUUUUAUUUACUUUUUUGUAUUUUAUUGUUUUUAUACUAAUAUUGAUGAAGUAGCCAAUAUAACUACAUAUAAUGUACUUUGAUUAUCAAAUAAAAACUUCAUAUACUGUUUAAUUUCAGUUCUCCUUACUGGAGUAAUCUUAGUUUAGGAUUCUGGUAAUCUAGCUUUGGGGAUCUCAGGUUCAUACAUUGAUUAGGUUCUAAAACUAGUUGCUUUGUCUAGUCCAUUAUUACAAAAAUAUCAAGAUCAUUUGCCAUAGUUAGAAACCAUGAUUUUUAUUUUUGACAGUGAGAAAUCAUGCUUAGGCAAUCACCUCAAAGCUUUUGAUUCAUAUAAAGGAUAUAAAAAAAUUUCUCCUUUUCUCUUCAACAUUAUGGAGGACGCACCAUGAAUAGUGGUGUUUAGCUCUUGCAUUUGCUUGUAAUCAUGCUUCUUAUUUUUAUGACUUAUGAAACAAGCUAAGUCCAGUAUUGAAGCUGAAUAUAGGCUGUUCCUUUUCCUGAUCAAUAAUGUAUAAUAAAAUAACACCUCUUUCAUUCCUCACAAUCUAUUUAAACUUAUAAUUUAUAAAGCUCCUGUUUUCAUCUUUUUUUUUUUCUUUUUCUUUUUCUUUUUGAGUACCUCACAUUGAACUCUGGCCUAUGUAAGGCUCAAUUUCAUGACAGAGUAAAACACCAUAAUUAUAAGGGAAGUUAUUUAUUAAAAGAAAACACUCCUGUAUAAGAAGCGAGUUCCAAAUCAAAAGAAAUUGAGUUCAAAGUUAUGGGGAGAGAUUUGAUGGUAUGCAUGUCAAGAAAUAACCCCUAUUUGUAGUAAGGAUUUGGGCUGCCCAAGUUUUGAAUAUUGCAUAACUCCAAUAUGUAUGUAGACUUAUAGAGCUCACUUUUUCCUUUCUGAUCUUCUUUUGUUUGUUGAACUGUUGUUGGCCAAUUCUUCAGGUAUAUAAAAGUCUGGAGAACGAAACUCAAAACAUUUCUUACCUGGUUAAUCGAUGUUUCAAAAUAUUCAUUCAUCUAUUCAUACGCUGAGAUUUUUUUUUUAUAUUCGAUUGUGAAUCAACAGAAGACCCAAAAAAUGGCACAGCUUCAAAAGAUUUGUAUCAGACUUCUGUUGUUUAUAUGUUUGGUGGUAACAAGUGAAUCAGCCACUUUGACGUACAAAGAUCCCAAGGCACCUCUUCAAUCUCGUAUCGAAGAUCUUUUGAAGCAGAUGACUCUUGCUGAAAAGAUUGGACAAAUGACCCAAAUUGAUCGCUCAGUUGCAACGCAAGAUGUGAUGAAGAACUAUUCAAUAGGAAGCGUCUUGAGUGGAGGGGGGAGUAUUCCUAAACCUAAUGCCACCGUUGAAGAUUGGGUUAAUAUGGUCAAUGAUUUUCAAAAAGGUGCAUUAUCAUCUCGUCUACAGAUUCCUAUGAUCUAUGGAAUUGAUGCUGUUCAUGGCCAUAAUAAUGUCUAUGGGGCUACCAUAUUCCCUCACAAUAUUGGUCUUGGAGCUACCAGGGACCCUGAGCUGGCAAAGAGGAUCGGUGUUGCAACCGCUUUGGAAGUCCGAGCAACUGGCAUUCCUUAUGUUUUUGCACCAUGCCUUGCGGUUUGCAGAGAUCCUCGAUGGGGUCGAUGCUAUGAGAGUUUCAGUGAGAAUCCCGAAAUUGUUGAGGCAAUGACUGAGGUAAUUGUGGGGUUGCAAGGAGGAGAACCAUCUCAGAAGGGAACCCCUUUUGUGACUGGAAAGCAAAGUGUUGCGGCUACUGCCAAGCAUUUUGUGGGUGAUGGAGGGACGGUCAGAGGCAUUGACGAGAACAACACUGUAAUUGAUUACCAUGAUUUGCUUUCCAUACACUUGCGCCCUUACUAUCGAGCCAUAAUUAAAGGAGUCUCAAGUGUGAUGGUUUCAUAUUCUAGCUGGAAUGGGGUCAAGAUGCAUUCCAAUCGCAAAUUGGUCACUGGUUUACUCAAAAGCACCCUUCGUUUCAGGGGUUUUGUCAUCUCUGAUUGGCAAGGUAUUGAUCGCAUUACAAGUCCUCCUGGCUCCAACUAUAUGUUUUCUGUCCAUGCUGGCGUCAAUGCCGGUAUUGACAUGAUCAUGGUUCCUUAUAACUACACCGAUUUUAUUAAUGAUUUAACUGACCAAGUCAACAGCAAGUCCAUCCCAAUGAGCCGGAUUGAUGACGCUGUAAGAAGGAUACUGAGAGUCAAGUUUCAAAUGGGUCUUUUUGAGAACCCCAUGGCCGACCUCAGCUUGAAAGACCACUUUGGCAGUCGGAAGCAUAGAGAAUUGGCUAGAGAAGCGGUGAGGAAAUCUCUUGUUCUACUGAAGAAUGGGAAGGAUGGUGACAAGCCAUUGUUGCCUGUUGAUAAAAAAGCUCCCAAGAUUCUUGUUGCAGGAACUCAUGCUGAUAAUUUGGGUUACCAAUGUGGUGGAUGGACUAUUACAUGGCAGGGAGGAAGUGGAAAUACCACAAUAGGAACGACGAUUCUUAGCGCCAUUCGAUCUACAGUGGACCCCCAUACGGAGGUGGUCUACCAAGAGAACCCUGAUCCGUCCUCUCUCAAGGCAAAUGACUACUCCUAUGGAAUCGUAGUGGUGGGUGAGCUGCCCUAUGCCGAGUUUGAUGGUGAUAGCACCACCCUAACGAUGAUAGAGCCAGGCCCAACCAUCAUAAAAAAUGUUUGUGCUUCUAUGAAGUGUGUAGUUGUUGUGGUAUCAGGAAGACCCAUAGUCUUGGAGCCAUACGUGCCAUAUAUGGAUGCAUUGGUGGCUGCAUGGCUUCCGGGAACUGAAGGCCAAGGUUUGGCCGAUGUGCUCUUUGGGUUCUAUCCAUUUUCAGGUUGGUCCACUCUGGUGUUGUUGGAAAGGCGAUGAGGGGUGAUGCCAUAUUUUACUUUAUGACCAUGUUUCUGUUGUUGCAUUUAUUAUUAUUUAUUCACAGUAUUCCCUCAUAUUUGAGCAGCUAAUAUAUAAACAAUAUGGAUGUGUUGUGAUAAUUAAUUUGGGAUUGUAAGAAAACAAUGUGAACCAUUGUACUGCUUUUCCGUUUCUUUCUGACACGUCUUCCCAAUUCAAAGACAAUGUCGUUAUUUACUCGCAAUGGGCCUCCUCUCGCUUCUCUCUCUCUCUGUAAAAGGGGUGUCUUUAUUUUUUGCUUUUGAUUUAUUAUUGGCAAGUGAAGGUUUCCUUUUUCUAUGGUGGGAUCCAAAUAAUCCUUCAGCAGCAUGAAUGCAGAGAAAAGGGCAUAUUUACAGACUUCUACUAAGAAAUAAGAGUAUAUGCUUUUACUAAGAAAUAACAGUCUUUUCUGUCAGUCCUCUCUCUCUCUCUCUCUCUCUCUCACUCAGACACCCACAAAACAAAAAGAGCAGUUGAGAUUCAGUAGCGAUUCUACAACUUUUGACAGUCUGAAGCAACAAAAUUUGGCAGUCUUUAGAUUGAAUGUCAAACACAUGCUUACUAGCGAGGGGUUCUUUGCUGAAUCUUCCGACCUCAUUGGAGUGUAUUACAUACGUAAACUAGGAAUUUACCGUUGUUUAUUUAACAAUUACAAUUUUUUUUAUUUUUUCCUUUUUUCUUGGAUGAAGUUUACGGGCACAGUUUCAUC